AUGUGUCUCGAUUGUCUAGUGCACAAGCGACCGUCGGGCAAGAGGCCGGACUUACUGCACCCAAUUCCGCCGGGAAAACGACCGUUCCAGGUCAUACACAUCGAUCAUCUGGGGCCGUUUGAGACGUCGACAUCGAACAACAAAUAUCUGUUAGUUAUUGCCGAUAACCUCACGAAAUACGUACAACUGUUUCCGUGCGCAACGACCGACGCCGCCGGCGUAAUACGCAUACUUAAAAAGUUUUGUGACGAUCGAGGUAUACCGGACCGGAUAAUCUCCGACAGGGGGACGUGCUUCACAUCGCGGGCGUUCAACCGAUUCUGCCUCGACCGCGAGAUCGCCCACACGCUCAACUCUACGCGACACCCACAAGCCAACGGGCAGGUCGAGAGGGCUAACCGGACAAUAAUUUCGCUCCUCAGUAUGUCGACCUCGGACCAACGCCGAUGGGACGUGAAAGUGAAGGAAGUCGAGCGCCAGAUGAACACCGCAGUGAACAAAAUAACGACCAGAACGCCGUACGAAGCCCUCCAUGGGUAUCUGCCGCGUUUCCAGCCGGGUGCCUUGCCCACGCUGAGUCGUACUCGGAACGAAAGUAACUCGCCCGAGGAAGUGCAAGCGGAGGUGCGCGAGAAUAUAGUACGCGAACAAAAGAAGAUGAAGAAUCGAUACGACCGAAAACAUUUCGACGGCAUUCGAUACGAAGUCGGGGAGGUCGUAGUCAUGCUGAGACAGCCCACGGCGGGCCAACCGUCAAAACUGCAAGCUAAAUACCGUGAGAAGCCGCUGCAAGUGAUGAAGGUACUUCCGAGCGACACAUAUCGCAUCGCCGAGCUCGGGUCCGACGGACACGAGAUUUACGCCACCACCGCUCAUGUCUCGCAGUUGAAGUCGUGGCGUAUUUUACGUGAAUCCGACGACGAGGUGAACGACCGAGAUGAAUCCGACGACGAGGUGAACGACCGAGAUGAAUCCGACGACGAGGCGAACGACCGGGAUGAAUCCGACGACGAGGCGAACGACCGAGAUGAAUCCAACGACGAGGUCCAGCCUCAUGCCCAACUUCGUCAGUCCGCAAGGAAGCGCAAGUUACCCGCGUGGCUCGAAAGCUUCGAGCUCGGCCGGCUCUAA